GCUAUAUUUAUAAAAUGAAUUUGAAGAGCUCCCAAAGCAGUGAAGAGGCAAAAGAAGCCAAGGUAGAAAACCCAGAAGACUUAACCGACAAUAACGAAAUGAAAACUCCCAUUGGAAAGAAGCCAAGAACCUCAUUUAGCAAAGAACAAGUGCAGUUAAUGACUUCAUGGAUAAAUUCUCAUCAAGAGAAUCCUUAUCCUAACGAAAUUGAGAAAUAAGGCUCUCUCAGUAGAAACAGGCCUGCAUAUCGACCAAGUAUCGGUUUGGUUUACCAAUACAAGAAAAAGAAAGUUCCGACACCUCAAGAGAAAAGGCCAAAAAUAAAUUUUGAAAGCUUCCUGAAGAAGCCAUUAAGGACUUACCAAUCCAGUUUUCAAAUAUUAAGGAGGAUGAGACAUACGUUACUCCAUGAGGGCAGACAAGAACAUUACAUAAUAAUAUUGAAGAAAAUUCAGCUCUGACACCAGACAACAUAAUGUCUUGAUAUUCUUGGAACUUGCACAUAAUGCAAGCAAAAUUUAGCUUCAUUUCAGCAGGGCUAGAUGCAAAUCUAGCUGCGGCCAAAUACUGUACCUGAAUGCUUCCAAACUUCAAGGACCUCAACGAGUUAUCUGAAAAAUUAUUUGAUAUGACUUCAGAAGACCUAAUGGAAAAGAAGUAG